UGAAGAAGAAAAUGUUUACAUGCGGAGAGGAAGCUGCGCUAGCCACUACGUUAGCUAAAAUUGACACAGACAAGGUUAUCAACUCGUUCGGAGUUGUCGGUGGUCUGCCAUGGGGAAAUCAUUUGCAAAUUUCAUGUGCAAGAAGGAUUUUCAUCCUGCGUCGAAGUCAAACAUCAAAAAGGUAUGGAUUGCAGAGCAGAAACUUACCUUCGAGAAGAACAAGCAAGAAGAACUUAUGCAGGCCUAUCUGAAAGAACAGGAAACUUACAACAACAGGUUGUUGAUGGGGGAUGAUCGUGUUAAAAAUGGCCUCAAUUUCAUGUAUGAGGCUCCACCUGGAGCUUCCAAAGAGGAAAAAAAAGAGGAGGGAGAAGAAGAGUACAAAUUUGAGUGGCAGAAGGUGGCUCCUCGAGAGAAGUAUGCAAAGGAUGACAUGAAUAUUAGAGAUCAACCAUUUGGGAUCCAGGUGCGCAAUGUGAGAUGCAUCAAAUGUCACAAAUGGGGCCAUGUGAACACAGACAGAGAGUGUCCUCUCUAUGGGCUGUCGGGUAUCAAUGCCAGCUCUAUGGCCUUGGAAGAGGCAGCAGGUCCGUCGAUGCACCCCUCGGAGUUAAUGGCGGAGAUGCGAAACAGUGGGUUUGCCUUGAAAAAAUGUGUCCUUGGUAGGAAUGCUACUGUUUGUGAUCCAUCGCAGGAAUUUGUUGCCAGCGAUGAAGAGGAUGAUCCUGAGGUGGAAUUUCUGAAGUCACUAACAACCAAGCAAAAACAGAAGCUCCUUAGAAAACUUGACCGCCUUGAAAAGCAGAAGGCCAAGAAAAAGAAGAGCAAAAAGCAGAAGAAGAAAAGCAAAAGAAAACACAAGAAAAAGCAUGAAAGUAAUGACGGCUCAAGUGACUCCUCUGAUAGCAGCAGCAGUAGUAGUAGCAGUAGUGACAGUGGCUCAGAUUCAGAAAGCCAUGGCAAGUUCAAGAGCCAAAAGAAAAAGAAGAACAAGAAAAAGGAUUCCUGUCGGGAUAACAGCUCGAAGAGCGAGCGGCGAGUCAAGAGUCAAAAGGCCUCCUCUCAUAGGAGCAGGUCACCGAGCCCUCACACCAGACAGAAGCAGCCUGAAGAGGAGUGCAGAGAUUACAGGCGAACAAGGACAGAGAGGGGAAGAAGCAGGAGUCGACAUCGCAGCCCGGAGAACAAGAUCAAGUUGGAGGGAGGUCAGGAGAGAAGGAGACACACCAGCAGGGACAGACAGAGACCUGGCUGCUCCAAGUCUGGCUUGGACAGAAGUAGUAGCCGCGAGAAGGGCAGGGAGGACCGAGGUAAAGACAGGCGUCACAGUCGAGAUGGUGAGAGGAACAGAAGUAGCACAGAUGGAAGGAAGGGCAGAACAGCAGAUGGGAGGAGCAGAAGCAGGGAAAGGAGGAAGGAAAGAGAGGCCAGGGGAAGAAGUAGGAGUAGGGAGAGAAGAGAGAGGAGCUAAGACGGAGCAAAAAGAAGGCACUGAUGGUUUCUUUCUCCCUCUCUUACAAUAAUGGAUGAAAAACGAUUUUUUUGAUUAUUUUUCCCCUCAUCACUGUGUUGUAGUUUUGGCAACCACAUAGUCCUUUAUGUGAAAAUGCAGAUAUUGUGCAUGGGUCUCCUUUAGCUCCAGUAGAGGGAAGCAGCGGACAGAAAAUAUCUCAAUGCAGCUCGUUGCGCUCCUGUGUUGUCUUGUGCUGCAUGAAACGGUCUGAAUUAAUUGAUUACCAUUACAAGCAAUUUGCAGCUGUGAUCCGUUGAUGGGGAAAUGUUGGACUCAUUUUAAUGACCAGUUGGCCACAAGAAAGACAAUUUCUGUCGCUGCCUUUUUUUUUUUUUUUUGAAAUCAUUAAUUAUUCUGUAUUUUGUAAGUAUCUACAUUGUAAGCCGUAAUUCCGAAAGGCUGUUUGGUUCCGGAAAAAAAGGAAAAAUCUGGACAUUUGUGAUUAAAUCUUUAAUCAUCUCAA